AUGCAGUGUAUCCUAGCAAUACCGAACACCAUGGCUGUUUGCGCUUUUAACCUAGUGUUUUUAUUUUCACUCGUGACAGCCCUCUCAGGGUUGCCAACUGUCAUUCCAGUAAUAGACGAGAAUGUCACAUUGCCGACCGACUUACAACCGCCGCCAAUAGACGAGAAGGAACAUCAUGCAAUAGUGUUCGUCCUUAGUCUGUACGCCUUAAAAAACAGUAGUAGCAAUGAGCCGGAGGAAAUGAUUCAGAACGAAAUUAUCGAGACUGUACCAGAUAUACUGGAGCCAUUAGCCACCGUUCUUGUAGUGGUGGAGGACGACGAGGAGGAAAAGGAACAUCCACUGGUUGACCUCGACGAUUUCGCUGAGCAGUUGCAGGACGACGGUUACAAGGUCGAAAAGAUCAUUCAUAACGGCAAGACGAAAGUACUCAAGUUGAAAUUGAAUAUAGAAGAGGCGCAGAGUAUGGUGGAAGCGGCUUCAAAGCCGCACGAUGACAUGAAACCCCGUCAAAAGAGGACCACUUGUUUAAGAUGUGGUGGUGGCGGCGGAGGACGUAGACACAGGGGAGGCGGUGGCGGCUGCAACACUUGCGGCGGCCGCGGCGGCGGCGGCAGCGGCAGCUUUUCCCAGUCCUCUGCUUCGGCGCAAUCUUCCUCCGGCAGUUGGGGAAGGGGAAGGAAAUGAGCGGGAACAGUACGCGUAACCACGUGAACAUGUUGCCAUCAUAUAUGAUUAUUACUCGCGACUUUUUUAUCGCGGGUAUUUAGGUGUCAUUUUGAAUAAUACCCCACUAGUGUCUACAAUUUUGAGUAUGAAUAAUCAUGAACAAUCGUUUCAUGCAUUAACUGUUUUAAUGAUGAAAAAAUAUGUUAUGUAACUGUUUGUUUUCCAACUAAUUACAAUAAUACUGGGAUUAAGCAGCAAUUUAUUAUAGUAAAGGAUUAUAGUAAAGCUAAUCGUCUAUUUGCUUCAUUCGCAUAUCAUCAAGAUAGUAGUGACGACAGUAAUUAAUCAUCGAUAGACUCGGAAGAGUAAUACAUACCUUUUCAUAAAUUUAAUUUUCCAGAACAAUGUUGCGCUUACAAACAUCUUUACGAUCGCAGAGCGUGCAAUAAAUAAUGAUUUGAAAUGUUUGUUUCAACAAAUAAAAAUAUACGAUAAAGCUUCUCAAUAAAUCAAUAAUGCAUAAAA